ACACAAUAGUAGUAGGCUAACGUUUACCUCCGUUCGGGAUUAUUUUCUGCAUCGGCGGCUUUUAUUUUGACGUAGGGUAGAAACGGCUGCUUCUGAACGUUAACGCGAGAUGUGAUGUGCCAUGUGAAGUGUGAUUGCAUCAAAAGUCUAAACAAAACCUGCUGUAUCAGGAAGACCGCUGAUACAACUAUGUACUGUAGAGUAUUGCUUUAUCUAUACGGGCUUGCCUAAGCUCACUUCAUUGCAAGGCGUCGUGCACUCGUGGUUUAGUUGCUCCUGGGGGAGGUGAUUCACAGGCAGAUUUUAGAGCUCACUAGCCUUGAAACCACCACCGAAAUUCUUUGAAAUUUCUAAAACAAUUGUUUGGCUGUGUUCGGAUACGAAUCAUCAGAUAUCAAAUCUAAUGUAUUUGACGCAGUAUGAAUCAAAUAAUAAAUAGUGAUUAGCAGUAAAGUGAUUUACAACUUGUAAACAAAAAAAAAAAAAAACCGAAACCAAUGUAGAUUAAUGCCAAAUCUGUCAUGUUAAAAAUGAAACCAAUGUCAGUAUGAAUACAUCGUAGUUAUUGGUAUUACGAGAAAUAAAUCGGCUUGACAAUUAUUCAUUGUUGACACAAAUUGUUGAAUUUUACGUUAGCGUUCUAGCAGAUAGCGAUGUCUGAGAGUGGAAGUAGAAUCAGGGACUGGGACUGGAGUAGUUCACAGUGUCGUGCCAGCAUGGAUGAGAUCUUUUUUCGCCAGCAUGACUACAUUCAAGCAAAAAGUAGUGAACACAAGGAGUUCUGGACUUUCUUUGAGCGCUUUCAACGGUUUAAAGGAAGAAGGGAGAUGGUGGCCUCAAAACCUAGCAAAAGUAUGGCAGAGUUACGGAUGAAACGUGCAAGUGACGCAUUGGAUCUUGGGCUCCCAAAUGAAUACGAUGCCCGAUACAGGAUCAACAUAUUUGUAAACACCAAAGACUUGGAGGAUCGACUCGGACACAGUGAUUACCCGACCGAUCCACCCAGGCAGUCGGUCAUAGAAUGUCGCAUUGGCCUACUUCAUUUUCUAGAUUUUACUCAGAAGCAGAGCUUCUGUAAACUCCUCAAGCUCCAACGUGACCAGAAGAGCCUGCCCAUCUUCCAUUACCGUGACCGGAUUGUGGAACUGGCUCAAACCCAUCCGGUGGUAGUGGUGGCAGGAGACACCGGCUGUGGGAAGUCCACCCAGGUACCCCAGUACCUGCUGGGGUCUGGUUUUAAAUAUAUAGCCUGUACUCAGCCUCGCCGCAUUGCGUGCGUUUCCCUUGCUAAGCGCGUGAGCUUUGAAAGUCUCAACCAGUAUGGUUCCAAGGUUGGCUACCAGAUUCGCUUUGAAAGCAGGCGCACCUCAAACACUAAACUCCUGUUCCUGACUGAAGGUCUGCUGCUCAGGCAGAUACAGCAUGAUCCUGUGUUAUCCCAGUACAAUGUAGUGAUUGUGGAUGAGGUUCAUGAAAGACACCUGCACUGUGAUUUUCUGUUGGGUGUGCUGCACUCCUUGCUUCACCAGCGACCAGAUCUGCGCUUAAUUCUUAUGUCUGCCACCAUCAACAUCAAGCUCUUUUCUAGCUACUUCAACAACGCACCUGUGCUCCAGGUGCCAGGUAGACUAUUCCCCAUUCAGGUGAUAUACCAACCCAUCACUCAAAAAGAACAGGUGUCUCACCUGGAGAAGUUGGACCCAAGACCAUACCUACGUGUGCUGCAGGGCAUUGACCAACGAUAUCCCCCUGAGGAACGAGGUGAUCUUCUGAUUUUCCUUAGUGGCAUAGCUGAAAUCUCCACUAUUGUGGAGGCAUGCCAAACCUAUGCUGCACACACCAGUCGCUGGAUUGUACUGCCUCUGCACAGCACCUUGUCACUGGCACAGCAGGAUAAGGUCUUUGAUAUUGCUCCCCCUGGGUUGAGGAAAUGUAUCAUUGCCACCAACAUAGCUGAAACCUCAGUUACCAUUGAUGGGGUGCGCUUUGUAGUUGACUCCGGUAAAGUAAAAGAAAUGACCUUUGACCCAAAGGCCAAAAUGCAGAGACUUCAGGAGUACUGGAUUAGCCGUGCCAGUUCCGAGCAGAGGAAAGGUCGUGCAGGACGAACAGGGCCAGGAGUUUGCUACCGGCUCUAUGCUGAGUCGGACUAUGAGGCCUUUGCCCAAUACCCUAUUCCUGAGAUCCAUCGAGUGGCACUAGACUUGUUAGUGCUACAGAUGAAGAGUAUGGGUCUGGGAGAUCCUUGUUCUUUUAACUUCAUAGACCCUCCUGCAGGAUUUAGCAUUCAGACAUCUGUGAGGUAUCUAAAGGAACAAGGUGCACUAGAUGCUCAAGGAGAGCUUACCCCCAUUGGCAGUCUGCUGGCCAAGCUACCUGUGGAUGUGGUUAUUGGUAAAAUGCUUGUUCUAGGUUCACUAUUUAACUUGGUGGAGCCAAUGUUGACUGUAGCUGCAGCAUUGAGUGUUCAGUCACCAUUUCUACGCAGUGCUCAGCACAACCCAGAUUGCGCCACUGCACGCCAAACCUUGCAAAGUGACUUGGGAGACCCUUUCACCUUGCUCAGCACCUUCAAUGCAUGGGUACAGGCGAAAGGUGACAGUGGAGGAGGCUCCAGAAAGUGGUGCAAAAGAAGAGGACUAGAGGAACAGAGACUGUAUGACAUAGCCAAUCUGAGAAAACAAUUCAAGGACCUUUUGAGGAGCUAUGGGCUGGUGGAGUCAAACUAUGUGUCUGAGAACCAGGCCCAGCGCAGGAAGAGGUUGGCUGAACAUCAAAAACUGCGUCAUCUGAAGAGGGAAUAUGAGUUAACGGAGAACAGUCGCAGGAAAGUAUUGCAUCUACAGGAAGGCCUGGAGAAUUCUUUGUCCUCUGACUCAGAUGAAGAUACAGGGUCAAGCAAGAAGAACAAAGACUCUUCAGUACAGGACGUAGACAUACAGGAAUUAAAGUUCAAACUGCGGCAUGAUGUAUGCAAGCUUCAGGGAGAUGUAUAUGCCAGUGCAACGCUGUCCUCUCAGCAACAGGCUCUUUUCAGACUGGUGCUUUGCCGUGGCCUGUACCCACAGCUGGCCCUGCCUGAUGAACAUAAUUCUUCUUGCAAAGAUUCAGAGCAGGUAUUUCACACUCGUAACAAGCAAGGUGUUGUGAUUCAUCCCACUAGUGUUUUUGCCAGUAAUUCGGAUUUGCUGCACAUACCUCAACAUGAGAUCCGUGCUGAUGGGCAGAGUAAUGGGCAUCAGUUACUGGCUUUUGUAACUCUGCUUGAAACUAAUAAGCCAUAUUUGUCAAACUGUGCUCGGGUCCCUGCCUUGCAGGUUUUGCUGCUAUUGGCAAACUCUAUAGACAGCAAUGCAGACUGCACACGGCUGGUUGUAGAUGGCUGGCUAGAGCUGGUUAUAUGUGAUGAUGUGGCAGCUCUCAAAGUGCUGACUUCUGCCCUCAAGAUGAGGGACAAAUGGGACAAUCUGCUACAGGCCAAGUUGAGCCAGUCAGGUUUGAGAUCUAAUGCAGUUCUGGGGCUUGCUGGCCCAAAACCAGCCUAUCAUGAGACAGAGAAGGUCGCAGAUGGACUAGUACGCUUUCUACUGUAUACUGAGGUGAGUUACAGUCUGAGAAGGCUUACCCCACUGCAGACUCAGAACCUGUAUGUCGGACCUCAGCUGAACAUGGAUGUUUCCCUCCCUAAACUCUUCCCUGAGAUGAAAGCUGAACCAGAUUUAAUAAAAGGAGGUCUAUGUGUCACCAGUUACUUCACCUAUAAUUGCCUCUGUGACUCCAAAGACUUGUACAGUGAGUGUGUGCGGACAUUUUGGACUUGUCCUUACUGUGACCUGCACAUGCCCUUCACCCCUCUGGAGCAAAUACAGCAUGAGGUCACCUGUAGACCACUAGAGGAACUUCCGAUUAAGGAGGAGCCUGAUACAGUAAAAUCUGGAUCCUUGUCUAGUUUGACUAGACUCUACCAUUGUAAUAUCUGUAAGAAAGACUUCACCCUAUCCUCCACUGAAAUACUUAAACACAAACGCCAACACCUGUCCUAAGUUCUUCCUGUCCCUGUGCACAUGAACAUUUUUUUAAUAUACAACAUUUUGAAGAAGAAAUUUGUAUAAGAUUCUUGUUAAAAAAAAAUAAAUAUUUUUGGAUAUUUCUGAAAAAUAUAGCCGUGUUUGUAAAAAUGGAUGUGUAAUUGUAAAUCAUAGUUCUAUGAGAAGCAUAAUCUUUCCUAUUUCAAAACUAAAAAUUUAAAUUGUCUGGAAAUGUAUUACAUGUGCUUUUUUUGAUCAACAUAAUUGAAUAAUGUUCAUUUAACAAUUUUCACUAUAUGAAAGUACACUUGAAAGAAGUUCAUAAACACACUUUUAUAAACACACUUUUCUCUGAAAGAUCCAGUUGUACUUAAUACUUUCAAAACUUUCUGACCAGUUCCUGCAAGCCUGUAGUCCUUUUUGCCUAUAAAAUUAUAAUCAUCUGUAUGAAGAUACAAGACAUGGAUCGUAUGAUUCAAAUAUUCUGUGUAUCAUUAAAAUAUAGAAUGAGGGUUUAAUUAAGGAUACAAACCCACAAUAUGUAAGACAUCAAAGCAGCACAUUGGCACAGAGUCAGAGAAGUCAGAUAGCACAGGAAUAAAAACCUGUCUCCAAAAAUAAUUAGAAUAAAUAUCUCAAUAAAUAAAUAAACAUUUUUUCCUCAGUAAUCAUUUUUUAACCUAGUCAAUACAUAUUAAAAUAUGCACAUUGGCAGAAAUAAAUGAUCCCAAAGUAAGUACUUGUGUACAUAGUUACUUUAAAACUAUGUUAUUGAUUAAUCAAAUCAAAAGGCACAUUUAUUAAUGAAAAGUGGGGCAAAAUUAAAGGGCAAAAUCAGGUACGAAAGCUCAAGGACUAGAAAAAGUGUUAGUAGGUGGGCAUGUGAUUUAUGUCAUUGUUUUCAUGUAAUCUAUUACAACAUAAGAAUUUUACUUGACUAAAUACUGCUUCCGAUCAAAAGUUGAUGCAUAAUUGUAGUGAUUCAAUAAGUAUGGGAUACUAUUAUAGCAUUGUCUCCAGUAUUGUAUCAAAAUACCUACACAGCAUACAUUGCAUCACACUGAUUUUUCUAUCUCUGAUACAGUACCUCAAAUUCUGUAAUGGGGUUUAAAAAUAGCAGCUUGUUGUUAUGAGGCUAUGAGGUUCGGUCUGUGGUCAGGCAGUGUUUGUUCAGAUUUGUCUAAGUUCUUUACUCUGAAGAGUAUUUUUGUACAUUGUAUUCAGUUGCAAAAAGUCCAACGUUUAUAUUAAUACAUUUAUAUUUUCAAUGAUAAAAUUUUGCCAGACAUAUUUGAAUGUAAUUUAAGAUCAUGCUGGAACAAUCCCUGUGUAAGUCAUUUGGUUUAAUAUGACUAAAUUAUAUAGAGGAUUCAAAAAUUCAGACCCCCCUCAUGUUUUUUUAAAAUUUAUGUUGCACCUGAUAGUACAAUCGUUAAAAUAUAUUUUUUUCUUAUUAAUCUUCACUUAAUACUUCAUAAUGUGAAAGUGAAAACAAUUAUGGAAAUGUUUGCAAAUGUAUGAAAAAGAAAAAAGUGAAAAAUCAGGUGCAUAAGUAUUCAAACCCCUUGCAACUACACUUCAAGUUUCCUGAAUCCUGUAAUGCACACUGGUUGGCACUAUUUUCUGUAUUUGACAUGCAGUGUUUUGUAUCGUCUGUUUGUACUAGGUUGCACAUAUUGCACUAUAUGUGGCUAGGACAACUUGCUUUAAGUCCUUAGCUCUGUGGGGUUUUUUUGUAGCACCAUGGUCCUAGAGAAACAUUUAAUUUCAAUCUGUACUGUCUCAGCUAUAUGUGGUUGAAAUGUCAAUAAAAGCUUCUUGACAUGAAAAACCGAGCCAUGAGGUCAAAGAAACUGCCUACAGAGCUCAAGGGCAGGAUUGUUGCACAGUACAUAUCUGCACAAACAAUUAAGUGUUUGAAACUCAGACACAGUCUCAGUGUUUAAGUUCAGGCUGAAAACAUUGUUUAGUCUAGCUUUUGUGACUGGGUGAUGUUGCGUUACCAGACUCACAAGUCGCUCAGGUUUGCAGACUGUGGAGUGGUGGGAUGCUUUACGUCCCAGGAAGCCCUCAUGUAUGUCACUUUCUAGCUCUCCCUUUUACUUAUGCUGUCAUAGCUAGUCUUGCCAGAGGCCCUGUCUGCACUUUGUACAUAAUGCACAUUGUUCAUUACCUGAUUACAAACUGCCUUGAUUGAUCUGCAUAGUCAGCCAGUGACUAAUGAGAUUGCUGUGGAUGGGGACUGUCAUGCCUUCUUUCAACCAUUGUUGCAUCAGUCAGUUGUACAGUAUGGUCUGAAAUUUAUCAGCAGUCAUUUGAAUACAUUGGCAGGAAGGAAUUAGUGUUGUUCCCAUGGGGAACUCAGAGUUUGCUCUGACCCAUUAGUUCCUCAGAAGCUCUUGGUUGCACUAUUAUAAUCUUUUGUAGAAAUUACAUUAUUUGCAUUUGCGUUAUUUACUGUACAUUGUCACCCAAAGGAGGAUGGGUUCCCUUCUGAAUCUGGUUUCUCUCAAGGUUUCUUCCUCAUAUCAGACUGUGAGGAAGAUUCUAUGGUCUGAUUGAACCAUUCUCUGUUAAAAAAAGAUUGAUACGUUUUGCCGCGAUUCUAAAUGUUAUACUUGGAGAAAUCCAGUCAUUGCUUAUCAUCUGCCAAUACCAUCUUAACAGUAAAGUAUGGUAGUGGCAGCAUCAUGCUGUGAUGGGUUUUUUUUUUUGCAGAGGAAACUGGGAGGCUGGUCAUGGUUGAGGGAAAGCUGAAUGGAGCAAAGUACAGAGAUAUCCUCAAUAAAAACCUGUUCCACAGUGCUCAGGACCUCCUGGGCCAAAGGUUCACUUUCCAACAUGACAACAAGGUCCAGCCAGAGCCCUGACCCAAACCCUGUUUAACAUCUCUGGAGAGAACUGAAAAUGUUACCAUCAGAGCUUGAGAGGAUUUGCUAAGUGGAAUGGCAGAAAAUCCUCCGCAGUCCAGUGUGCAAAGCUUGUUGCAGCAUACCCAAAAAGACUUUAAUUAAGAGAGGCUGUAAUUGCUGUCAAAGGUGUAUCAACUAAGUAAUGUGUAAAGGUUCUUUUUUUAACAAAUUUACAUACAUUUCUAGAAGUCUGUUUUCACUUUGUCAUUAUGGGGCACUGAGUAUAUUAGGGGGGAAAAUGAAGAUUGUAGUAUCAGGCUGCAACAUAAACUAUGAAAAAAAGGGAAGGGGGUCUGAAUACUUUCUGAAUUUACUGUAUAUUACUACUAAAAUGUUCACUUUGCAAUUUAUUACAGUGAAACAUUAGUAUGAUUGUACAGAAUGGCACUAAAUGUGGCCAAACAUUUCCUGGGAUGGGGUUCUGUAUACAACAUAACUGUAUGCAAGUGAGUGAUUGUAUCUUCUUCAUAUGCAGAUAACUACUUGAUGCAAUUGACCACUUUCACUUUUCAAACACUUUCACCUUUUUUUAACAAUAUUUUCUGUUUUCUGUAACAGGCCUUAAUUUCCCCUGGCCAGAGUUGUUCUUAUCAACGAAGUCUUAAUAAAA